GACAACGUCCGUCCCGCUACGUGCUGCGUCAUAACGGCGUGCUUCUGUUGCCGAGCAACCGCAAACUCCACUGAGUAGAGGACACGAAGCGAAGGGUGAGGUUUUAGUUUUAUUAUGGAUUCUUCUCAGUUUAUAACGCUGUGAUUAUUUAUAUUACACAAAUGUAUAAAGUAGGAUGUGUGUGGCCAUGUAUGUAAAGAUGUUUUAUCAAAGCGGUAUAUUAUGUUAUUAAACAGGACGAAACAAGUAGAUCUGUCAAAUAGUUUAUGAACCAUGGUAAGGUUUUAAAGAAUGUAUCGUGGAGGUAGGCUGAUAUUGUCUUGCUUGGUUUAACCAUGAAACAUAUCACUGUAUUUGUUUGUUUUAUUAUUAUUACUAUUGUAUUUAUACUCACUAUUAUUAGCUGCUGUUCACAAUCUCAAGCUUGUCAGUGUAUAGGGGAGGAGUUGGGAGAAUAUGAGGUUAUAUAAAGGUUGGGUGUGUUUCAGGUCCUUUGAGUCUAUACUGACAUACCUACAUUUGUUUAGCACUGAAACUAUGAUGCAGAAGCUUUUUUGCUGAUGAAGGUUUAAAGGCCCCUCCUUAUCCUUCAGGAUGAAUUCCUAAAAAAAGCAAAAAAAACAUCCAUCUAUCUAUCCACACAUUUAUCAAUCAUCCACCAUUCUUUAGCCCACUCAAUAAAUGGUUUAAUGGCUCUUGGAUCCAGUUAUAAAUGGCAGUCUUUUUCGAUAGUAUUAUUAUUUGUUAUUGGUAAUCAUGUAUUUAUUCCUUUUGUAAUUUCAACCCCUAAGCAAAGAUGCCCCGCUCUGCAGCCAAGUCCCAAGCCUCCAAGAGUAGACGGAUGUCAUCCGUCCCAGUGACCCCACUUCCGACGUUGGAGCAGGAAGUUAUUCCUGGUCGCUUAACCCAAACCCAGUGGAAUAAGGUGUUGGUGCAGGAGGAAAAUGAUGAGAUAGUUGGGGAGAUUAUAGAUGAACUGAUGAGCAAAGUCAUGGACGGCUGUUUGCAGGUGUACGUUGAAAGACAGCUAGUACCUUUUUCCACAUCUUGGGCCAAGAACUACCUCACACAGAUGUUAGAGCAACAAAUCAUGUGCCCAGAUGAGGGAGAAGGACCAGAGGAAGCAUCUAAAACUGAAGACACAGAGCCAAUGCCAUCAGUCAUCGAUUCCUGGGCUCAAGGAUGUGUGCCUGUUGUCUAUGCUCUGCCUCCAUUUUCGUAUCCUUCUUCUGCACAACAGGAGGCGGACGUUGUUCAGGUCUCAGCACAAACAGGACCAGGAGACGACCAGCAAUGUGAUGCAAUGGCCCGAACAAAAAGCUCUCCAAAGCAACCUGACAGGGAAACAAGCCCCAGGAAGCCUGUCAAUAACAAGCAAUGUAAAGUGCUUAUUCCUCGGCCCCCACUGAAAAUUGAUGUUAAGAAAAGGCAACAAUUUUAUUUUCCACCUAAACCUGUUGCAGAUAAACUGCCGCCCAUUCUAUCCUGUUCAGUAUUAAAAAAGGAUGUGGAGGUAGAGGAUAAAAGAGGAAUAUAUUGUGUUUAUAACAAUAUGGCUGGGCCAUCAUAUCAGUUUAAGAAAUACCAAUCCAUACCAAGACUUGAUUCCUCAUCCCUGCCUCGACACGCCAUCUUUCCUCAGUAUGAGAUUGUCGACAGGGACCAAGCAAAUCCCAAGAAACCAAGUCGAUUAUCCAAACUAGAGCCAAAAUACAACAAGCAAAAAAGUGAUUGGACAGUAACAACGGUGAUGCCACUGACAAGCUCCAAGAAUAUGCCUGCAAAGUUUCACAGGAGAAAUGAGGCAGAUGUCUUUCUGAAGAAAUUGUCUCCCUUGAGAAGGCGUCAGGAUGUAUGAAGUUCUCUGGGUCUCUGAAGCUGGACACAAUGGUUUUGGCUAAGGUUGUUACCAUGAGGGAUCCCCAGGCGGUAGCAAGUAACCCUCUCACGUAGAGCUGUGACCGUACAAUACUGCAAUACUGCAAUGAUUUUUUACUGUCAUAUGUCAUUAUGUUUCUUUUUCGUAUUCCUUUAAAAAAUAUAUAUGUAUAUAUGUUUAUAUUUGUCGAGAUCUGUAGUCAACAUAUAAGAGGCCAGUGGCGGGAAUAGAGUUGUGGAAGGUAGUGGUUGUUUGCUGCUGCAUGAAAUGAUUAAGAAACUAAAUUUAACAUAGUUAGACAUCGGAAAAAUAAUAAAAAAUGACAGAAUGGAACAGAUUCAGCUUUCUAUUGCUGUUGGACUCCUGUAUAGAGAGGCAGAGAAGAAGAGCCAGAAGGCGACGGUGUAUGGAGAGGAGAUGUGCCCUAUAUUAGCAUGUCUCUCUAGCUUUGAAUGGUUCGUAUCAUUACGCUCUCUUGUCUGUUAUGUCAUUUUAGUGGAUGUAGCAGUUUAUUUUCUACACCUAAAUAA